CUGAAGCCACAUAACUUACAAGGUUUAAAGAAAUGUUAAAUGCUUUUUCAUGGCUGAUACCUGGAAGCGGAACGUUAGUUUGGGGGUAUUCGUGAUUUUGUUUUCCUUUCUAUCCUCUACGUUAGCAUAAAUUCGCCGCAAUGGCGGAGGGAGUACCUGCUGGUCUUAUUGAAGCCGACGUAAACACAACUGGAAACCAAACACAAAUCGCCAUGGCGUAUCUACAGGACGAGAAAACUGACGGAGACAUCACUAACCUUAACUUGGGAGAACUGGACCUGACCACUGAUGAGUUCAUCUUGGACGAAGUGGACACUCAUAUUCAGGCAAACUUGGAAGAUGAUCUUGUGAAAGAAGCUCUUAAGACGGGCGUUGACCUACGUCAGUACUCCAAGCAGGUGGAGGCGGAGCUGCAGAGGAUCGAACAGGCCUCCAUCAAAGAUUACAUUAAGGAAAGUCAAAACAUUGCUCUUCUGCACAACCAGAUCACUGCUUGUGACUCCAUACUGGAGCGAAUGGAGGGUAUGCUGAGUGGCUUUCAGAGCGAUCUUUCUUCCAUCAGCAGUGAGAUCCAGACCCUGCAGCAACAGUCAGUCAGUAUGAACGUCCGAUUGAAGAACAGGCAGGCCGUGCGCAGCCACCUCAGCCAGCUGGUGGACGAGCUGGUGGUUCCCGGAGUCAUGAUCUCCACCAUCCUGGAAAGUCCAGUGACGGAGCAGGAGUUUCUCGAGCAGCUUCAUGAGCUCAACACAAAGAUCAACUUUGCCAAAGAGCUGAGCUUCAGAGAAACGUUGGCCUGUUCCGACAUCCAGGACAUUGUUGAUCGCCUCAAACUCAAGGCGGUCUCAAAGAUCAGAGAGUUUAUUCUUCAGAAGAUCUACUCCUUCAGGAAACCAAUGACAAACUAUCAGAUCCCGCAGAAUACUCUGCUGAAAUACAGAUUUUUCUAUCAAUUUCUUUUGGCUAAUGAAAGAACCGUUGCCAAGGAGAUCAGGGACGAGUAUGUGGACACUAUGAGCAAGAUUUACUACAGUUACUUCAAGUCCUACAGUGGCCGGCUCCUGAAAGUGCAGUAUGAGGAGGUAGCAGAAAAAGAUGACCUGAUGGGAGUGGAAGAUACAGCUAAGAAAGGUUUUUUCUCCAAACCGUCUUUAAAGAGCAGGAACACCAUUUUCACUUUGGGCCAGAGGGGGACAAUACUGAGUCCAGCUGAGCUGGAGGGUCCCAUCCUGGUUCCACAUACAGCUCAGAGAGGGGACAGCAGGUAUCCGUAUGAGACGUUGUUCCGCAGCCAGCACUAUGCCCUGCUGGACAACGGCUGCAGAGAAUACCUCUUCCUGUGUGACUUCUUCAUGGUGACCGGAAACUCGGCCCUCGACCUUUUCAACUGCAUCAUGGGGAAAACUCUCAGCAUGUUCCUGAAGAGCAUGUCCACCUACGUGUCAGACUGCUACGACAGCAUCGCUAUCUUUCUCUGCAUCCAUAUCAUCCUCCGAUUCAGAGCCAUCACAGCCAAGAGGACCAUCCCUGCUCUUGACAAGUUCUGGGACGCCGUGUUAGAGCUGCUGUGGCCGAGGUUUGAACUCAUUCUGGAGAUGAACAUCCAGAGCAUCAGAAACACGGACCCUCAGAAACUGGGAGUGCUGGACACCAGACCACACUACAUCACUCGGCGGUAUGCAGAGUUCUCCUCCGCCAUCGUGAGCAUCAAUCAAACAUUUCCUAAUGAGAGGACCAACGCUCUGCUGGGCCAGCUGCAGGUUGAGGUUGAAAACUUUGUGCUGAAGAUGGCAGCAGAGUUUCCCUCCAGGAGAGAUCAGCUGAUCUUCCUCAUCAACAACUACGACAUGAUGCUCAGUGUCCUGAUGGAGAGGGCAGCAGAUGACAGUAAAGAGGUGGAAAGUUUUCAACAGUUGCUCCUUGCUAGAACGCAGGAGUUUAUCGAGGAGAUUCUGUCUCCUCCCUUUGGGGGGAUGAUUGCCUUUGUGAAGGAGGCUGAGGCACUGAUGGAGAAAGGGCAGCUAGAUCGACUGAAGAAUGAAGAAGCUCGGAUUACUCAGCUGGUCCGAGGGUUUUCCAGCACCUGGAAGCAGUCGGUGGAGUCGAUGAGUCAAGACGUCAUGAGGUCCUUCACUAACUUUAAAAAUGGAACCAGCAUCAUACAGGGCGCUCUGACUCAACUCAUCCAAUACUACCACGGCUUUCAUAAGGUUCUGAACCAGCCGACGUUCCGCAGCCUGGCCGUCCGCUCAGAGCUCAUCAACCUCCACCAUCUCAUGGUCGAGGUGAAGAAGCACAAACCCAACUUUUAACGAGUGGGAGGGUCGCUAAAACGCUGAGCUGCAACCUGGAAAUGAUGGCCCCUCUGAGCUCACUUCGUCAUUCCUCUUUCAGACUCACUGAAGUCUGACAGGCCUCAGUCUUUCUUUUUUUUUACACGUGUGAAACCAGUUGCAACACAGAUUCCAGAGGAGGUUUCAUCUCCAUGUCUGACUGUUCAUCAUUGAACUUUUGCAUAUAUUCCUCUGAAGAAACUGCAAAAUACACAUUUUGUGCCUGUGAACCUGGAAAAUGAAAAACUUUCAUUUAAACAUCACCAAAAAGUCCCCCGAUGGAUAAACUACCAAUAUUUUCAGCCAGUUGCUAAAUCUGUAAGUUUAAACCAUCUUCCAAAUUUCGAUUAAAGAGGAAUUAAUUUGCAAUUAUGAAACACUGGAAGGACUUUACUGUGACAGCAAAUGGACGUUUGUGUGACUGAAAUUAGGGAUUCAGUUAUUUUGUGGAUGUAUAUGAAGGAUUUUCUCCAGAAAAAGCCCACAGUCUUGCUCUCUUAACAUGGAAGAAACACUUGCAUUUAUUUGUGAUUUAUAACACUGCACUAAGUAGAGAAAAGCCCCUUCUAACCCUUAAGGAAGGUGCUUUUUUUCAUGUCAGUAAAUCCUAUUGUUAUAGGAUUGAAUGUAAAGGUCAAGGAGCAUCUCUUAUCUAUGUUCAGAAAGAUAAGAGACCUUUGGAUUUUACCCCCUAGAAGCAUUAAUCUUUGGAAAAACCCAACUGCUUUCAUCAACACGUCUAUUAGUCCCAGCCUGCUCCCAUUCCUUACUUGUCAACAACAUAUUUAAUAUCUUGAUGAAUUAUAGACAGAAACUGCUCAAAUCUCAUGUGAUUUAACCAUGUAAUAUUUUCUGAAGAUCUGAUUUUCCAACCUUUUUUAAUGAACAUGAUUCUGAUCCCUCGGGACCCUGACCAAGCCAAAAUAUCUUAAAUUCAAAAUAAUAUAUUAUCAAACCACAGAUUCCUAUGACUAUGAGACAAUCUUUUUUUUUUUUGUCAAAGUGGAUAUGAAACAUCUAAAAAGCAGGUGAAAUUGGCUUUAUUUAAAAAGAUAACAGAAGAACCAGCAAAAAUAUACAAAAAGGCAAAUGGAGAAAGACUACCAGUAACCAUUUACUAAACCUGAUUUGUUCACAAAGAGCAAGCCGAUAACUUGGAGGAUGUAUUGGGUUUCAGUGUGAAGGAAGUCCUGGACGAAAAGAUUAUUCAAGUUGCAGCAUGUCUUUGUUUCUUUGUCCUUUGUGUUGCAUCGUUUCCUGUGAACGUGUGUAUUAAGCCAUUCCCAUGUAACCUAACUGAAUGAGUUAAAAAUGAAUAAAGAACAAAAAAGGUUUUUUUU